UAACGCGUUGCUGUAUCUCCCCACCGAUCGAAAGUAUGACGAUCGUCGGCGUGUCUGUCUGUCUAUCUGCCCGUCUGUCAGGUUGGCUAGCUCCAUUCGUCGUUUCUCUCAGUGUUACACAUCUUGGUUUGUGGUUAGGUUGUGCGUGUAUGUGUGCCGGAGGAAUCAAACCGGUCACUUUCUGCAGUGACACACAAUUAUAGUAUGGUCGUUCCAUGUGUACUAAUUUUAUUUGUUGUUAACUUUCUCAUGCGGGAUCGCUGAAGUAAAAAGAGAAGAUUCAUGAAAAGUACGAAGAAAUUGUAAUACUGUGCUUAUUACAUGUGGCAGUAAUGAGAACAAAUACUGUAAAGUGAAAUUCGGCAAUGAUUAAUUACGUUUGAGAUACAUGUGCUAUUCUUUUAAAAACAAAUUAAGGAAAACAUUGCACGAAACAAUUUAAGGCAGUCUGUUUAGAAUAUUUUUUAUUACUUUAGGGAUUUAAACAGUUUUAAGUGUGGGUUGAAAUUUUUGGUUUUCGAAGUGUCGUAUUAUUUCAGAACAUUAUGAAUUUAAUUCGUAUUUACAUCCACGAAGACUAACAACCAUCAUCAGCUGAUUUGAAGGUCGUCCAGACGUUAGGUGAUUUGGAAACACGCGUUUCCUGAUGGGUAAGUGGCGUAACCGAUACACCCGAUCGCCGGAUGACAAACACAUGAGUCCCGAAGGCGUUACUGGAUGUGCCAACAACAUGGGAUCACUCUCGGUGGAUGCAUCAACAACACUUAUAAGUGACAGCAUCAAAAGCGCCAUCAUUGACGCUGAUGAGAGGCUUAAAGGUAACGGUGCGUACUGGGACGUCACAGGACAUCUUGAGGAAAAGGAAAAAAUGGAGCCCAUGGAGGAAACUGGAAUGCUGGCCCAGAGUAACAAUAAUGCAUUAGCAGUUGUCAGCAACAAGAAUGGCAAAGUACCGACGCCAAAUGGAGUUGUCAAAGUGAAUGGUCAUCCCAUUGCAGAAACAGGUGUUGGAAUUUUAAACAAAGUUCGAUGUUCUUCUGCUACGGAAGAAGAGGACGAAGAGGAAGAUGACGGUAAAGACAGUGAUGCCAACAAGGCUGAGGAUAUGGAAUGUGGUUUAGGACCUUGCGCCCCAAAAUGGAUGCAAAUCUUUGCUUCCAAACAGGCCUUCCUGGUGACAUUUUGUAUUACAUGGGUUCUGCAAGGUAUGUACUACACGUAUUUCGUAAGCGUGAUAACGACGUUAGAAAAACUGUUUCAAAUCCAGUCUAAAACCACGGGCAUUAUCAUGAGUGCUACAGAAAUUGGACAGAUUGGUUCGUCGUUAUUAUUAACUUACUAUGGAGGUCAAGGUCACAGGCCGAAGUGGAUCGCAUGGGGGAUGGUGCUGUUCGCCGUGUCGUCAUUCACAUGCUCGCUACCUCAUUUCCUGUUUGGUAAACAGCUGAUUCGCGACAAUGACGUGUUAUUUGGGGGUGUGGCGUCGGUAGUCCGAAGUCCUUACGGAGGUAACACCUCGGAACCCAUCCCGCCUAACAUCUGCAACUCGUCACACACGGCCGUGAUCCACAACAUGACGACCAGUUCCGCUCUCGCGACGAGAGACGCCUCCAGGAUCACACCUGUUGUGCUGGCCAUCUUCUUCACAAGUUUGCUCGGAGUCGGCAUGGGACAGACAGCUGUAUAUACACUGGGAAUACCGUACAUAGACGAUAAUGUGGCCAGCAGGGAGUCACCGCUCUAUUUUGCAAUAACAAUUGGAGUACGGAUACUGGGGCCGGCUCUGGGGUUCAUACUGGGUUCGCUGUGCACCCGGCUGUACGCUGACCUAUCAGUUGACCCGAAAAUCACGCCCACAGACCCGCGGUGGGUCGGUGCUUGGUGGCUGGGACUGGUGAUGGUGUCGGCCCUGCUGUUCCUGGCGUCCCUUGCAAUGUUCUCGUUCCCAAAGAGGCUGAGUACGUGCAGACCGACGCCAAGAUCGUUACGAAGGGGGAAGAAAAACCCUAGUCUCAGAGAUUUUCCAAAGGCUGUGAAGCGGCUCCUGAAGAACGACAUCCUCAUGUUUCGAACGGCAAGCAGCGUCCUUCACAUCCUUCCAAUAGCAGGCCUAUACACAUUUCUACCCAAAUACCUCGAAUCACAAUUCAGGCUUGCGGCUCAUGCGGCUAACAUGAUAUCAGGUGUGGGUGGAAUUCUUGUCAUGGGUCUUGGUAUCAUCAUUAGUGGGGUCUUCAUUCUACGUGUGAAGCCUAAUGCAAGGUUUGUUGCUGCGUGGAUUGCCUUCACAGCUGUCGUGUAUGCUAUUGGAAUGGGAAUCUUAAUGUUGAUUGGAUGUCCAAUGAAGGAUUUUGCUGGACUGCAUACAACUCCUUCAGGACUGACAACUUUCGAGCUUGAUUGCAACGCAACUUGCAAUUGUGACAGGAAUAAGUUCAGUCCGAUAUGCGGUCGAGACAAAAGCACGUACUUCUCUGCAUGUCAUGCUGGAUGUCAAAACAUCACCUUAGUAGAUGGAAAAAUAGUUUCGUAUUCAGAAUGCGUAUGCAUGCAAAGCAGCAGUGCCAACAUGUCACAGAUUGGAAAAGAACCCUCUGGAAAUGCUACAAUUGGAUACUGUGACCUGGAAUGUGAUAACUUUAUCUGGUACAUCAUCCUCUUCUCCAUAUUUGUCUUCAUCCACUCAACAUCAGAGGUUGGAAGUAUGCUGCUGAUUUUACGAUGUGUUGACCCCAGGGACAAGGCUAUGGCCCUUGGCCUCAUACAGUUUGCUAUUGGGUUAUUUGGUAAUGUCCCAUGUCCAAUUGUGUAUGGUGCAGUAGUAGAUUCUGCAUGUCUGGUAUGGGAGAUGGCAUCUGGAGAAAGAGGCGCUUGCAGGCUCUAUGAUGCUGAUGUCUUCCGAAGAUUUUAUCACGGCACUACCGGAGCUAUUCUUCUCUGUGCGUUCUUCAUGGACAUAAUUGUAUGGUACAAAGCAGGCAGCAUUAAUUUUGUGGAUGAUCAGGUUCCUCCACAAGAGGAGGAACUGAAUCCUAUUGCUGGUAAAGUUCGAUCAGAAACCAGCGUAUGACAUAGUGACGUGGCUUUGCCAUGUGACGUAAACAAAUACUGACACAUUAGCAUUGCGACAUGGAACCAUUGUUCAGUGCAGUGAAUAUGAAGACUGAUUAUAACCCCCUCCAGUUCUCAACAGCGGAUCUUACAACAAAUUAGGUAUGUAAUAGGUUCAAUAGCAACUGCAACUGCUGUUUUCUCCAGAUUCUGUGAGAGAGAAACUGGGAAUUUUCUCUACAACAUUGAAUAUGUAACUAUUUGAAACUUUAUAAUUGUAUACCUUGUUCUUAAAACGAUUUUUAUCAACAGUUACAAUAGUAUAAUUAAUCUAUGUUGCCUUGGAAUACACAUAAAAUUUUAAAGCUCAAUAUGGGGGUUGGUAUGCAAUUGUGGGAAGCUUUGGUGUGUUUUUAAUGUUCCACUGUGUAGUCUGGAAUUGUUUUAUAGAUUACAGAAAGAAUACACUGUUAUUUUUUGUUGUGAGAGAAGUCAUUGAGGUCAUAUGGUUACCUGUCAGCUUUUGACCCUUGCAGUGUUUGUAGUCCCAUUUGAUUAUGUUGUGAUCUGAUAUAAUUGAAGUAUUUCUUAAAUUUGAUAGUCUCUUUUAUUUCAUAAUAAUCUGAAAGUGACUGAACAUUGCAAUUGAGGAGAUAUUCCUGUUCAUGUUCAGGAGGACCCAGAUCCUAUUUUCAUCCUGGUGGGGGAUUUUCAUGGCUUUUCCCAUUCCCUCAAGCAAAAAAUGGGGUAAUGUUGUUCACGACACUUGGCAUCUGCACACCAUAGCUCAUUAUGGCUUGGUUUGUGCAUUUGGAUGGCAAAACAGGUAGUUGCUGAUCACACCAUAUUUUCUGUAGUGGUGUUUCAUCCACUGUUAUACAUGCACACUUCUCAUACUGUGCAGCCAUAUUAAUGAGCAGAGCAUGUCAUACUAACCUCCCUUCUUCUUGGUCCUCCUCCUGUAUGAAGCCAAGGUGAAUGCUGUAGACAAUAUUGUGCCAUCUUAUUAUACAGUAACCUACAUGCUUGAAAAACAUCACAAAAUAGCCUAAUAAUUAAUGUCAUUACCAUUUUAACCCAUAUCAGGUAUCUGUCAUGGCUUGUAUGUUCAUUUGUUAGUAUGGUACUCAUAGAAAUUUUGUGUCUGCUGCUUUUAAUCUGCUUAUUUCUCUAAUCCAAGUGCCUGGUAAUGUAACAAAAAAAGAAUGGUUGAUGAGUUACUGAAAAUAAUUUUUAUGAUAUUGGCAUGGCAGCAAUUUGCUACAUGUUUUGGUAAUCACAGCAAAAUAUAACACUGUAUUCUUGGGAGUAAAUAUAUUAUUUUAGUGUGAAUGUGUACAGCUGAGAAUGCAGAAUUGAUUUAGAAACUAUGUAAAGACCAUGGUGACACUGACACCAUGGUUGUGACAUGUUAGUCACUUGAAACUGUGGUAGAGUUACCAUAUAUAAACCAUAGGUAUAAUUAGUUAUUAUGUGGUGCAUUUGCUGUUACAGUAACUGUCAUUUUGAGGUUACAGUAAGGAAUUUAUUCAUAUUAACAAAUGGGUAAUGGUUACAGGAUCUUGUAAUAUAGAGUGAUUAUAUAUUUUGGGUUUGGUAGGGAUCCAUAAUUGUUUGAAACAACUGAUAUGUCCAGGGUUUGACACUUUUCAGUCAUUGAAGAAUGUUUUAUUGAUACAAAUAUUUUGAACCAUUUUUAGCUUACUUUUCAUAUUUAUAGGAAAAGAUAAGCUUAUAAUAUUUUCAUAUCAGUGUGUGCAUGUAUCUCUUCUCUCUGCCAACAAUAUUUGAACCAACUGAUGGUCUUUUAUUAAACUUCGUAUGAAUAGCUACCAACAGUGAUAAUUUUUAAUUCUCUGUCAUCAGUAAUAUCAACAUGACAGCCAUGUUUCCUUUUGAGGUGGGAAUCACACUAGCUCCACUUCAUAUAUGGUUCCAAAAUGUUACAUGGUAGUUGAUCUUUAAAAUAUAUGUAGCUCAUAAUUUUUUUCCCCCCGUUGAAUAUAAAACAAAAUACUGACCAUGUAAAUUCUGUGUGUAGGUUUGGGUGUGCAGUUGGUAAUGAGUCAUUUUUGCUAGGCCAGUGAAAUAUAUGUAUAUGGGUCAUAAACAUACUUAAAAAUUUUAUAUGAAACAUUUUUCACGUCAACGUUUGAAAACAUGAUUUUGUGAAAAAUUAAAGUUGUAUUUAGCAAAUGUAAUUUAGAAUUUGUUCUUGUAGAAAUUAAAAAUUAUAUACAGCAAUGGAUCAUUGAAUUGUGUUUUAAUUGUCUCAGUUCUUGCUUUAAAUAUUUGAUGGCAAAUGGGCAUUAAAGUAAUUUGCUGAAAUUACUGUUUCUGAAAUUUGGUAUGAGGUGUGUUGUGGAAUGGACAAUUCCAAAUAUUUUUGUGCCUUCCCUUUUAACUCUUUGACUUCUUCAUUGUUUAAGCACUGAAGAGUUCUAUUUUGAUUUUUUUAAUGCAUAUAUCAACAUUGUAGGUAUUUUGCAUGUCUUUGGUGAAAUUCUUUUACUUUCAGUUAAAUAAUAUUAUCUGUUAUUGUUUUGACAUUCUGAAGAACAUAUACAUUUUUAACAUGAAGUUCUAGAAAUUCUUUCCUUGAGAUGCUUCAGUCUCAUAUUAAGGCUAACAAGCGUAAUAAAUUAAUUACUUUACAAGUGAAUUAUUUAUUUCUGUAUGUAAUUUGAAUGUUAUUAAUAUUGACUCCAUUAAUUUUGUCAGAUAUUGUCUGAGUUUUACACUGUUGCAGUGUUUAAUUCUUCACAUAUGAAGAAUUCCUAGCUCCAAAAAUUUGUUAAUUAUCAUUAAAUUGAAAAAUAAAUUUAUGUUUUUAAUGUCUGUCAUGUUAUUUUAGGUAGGUGUUGAAGCUCACAUGAUGUUGAGUAUGAGGAUGGCUGUCUUAGAAGACAGCAAUCUUCUUGUUUCAGAUUCUACAAAAGAGAAAACAUGUUUGAUUUAUCACUGCAUUAUGUUUCAGGACUUCAUUUUUUCUUGUAAAACAGAAAUUCAAAUUUCCAUCAUGUUGAUGUUAUUGAUAGGGAAAUGAAAGUACAAAGGAAAUAGAAUGAUAUCUAGUACAAACUUCAUGUAAAUAUGUCAGUUGGUUUAAAAGUUAAGGGGAACAGAAACAUGGACACAAGGACAUGAUGAUAACAUGUGCCUAUUUUUUGUUAUAAAAUAUGUUGAUUUACGCAGGUUUUGUAACAUUAUGAAUUGUUCGUAUAAUUUUCCAUGUUUUAAAAUUCAAGUGUUCUACCUCAGAGACUCAAAUGUCAUGGGUAUUGAUUUUGAAAUUCUGGUUACUGUACAGUAGACUGAAAUCUUUACCUAUUUGUAGGAUGCUCCAAUAUGAUGGUAGUGCUAUGAUGUAUCACAGAGUAUUGGAUGCAUCUUUUUCUGUAUAAAUUGUACCAGGAUUGUAUUCUUAGUACUUUUUGUUUAAGCCUUCUAAAGAAGGACUGUGCCCCAUGAGUUCAUCAUCUUGGGGUAAGACACUAUACUCUUGUGGUAAAAGUCUUGGGUUUGAGACUUACUGGAUGCAGUGUGCAUUUUAUACACCUCUGACUAGGAAUCAAGCUUUGGAGAAUGUGAUGCCCCCUUUGGCGCAUCCGUCAUCAUCACUUUUAUCAAGUAUUAGAAUGAACAUACUGUGCCAAAUAAGUGCUUCCACUUCAGAAGUGGAGUCCUUCAUUCUUUCCAGUUAUGUAGAUGCCAGAUGUGUUAAAAGACCAUAAAUGAAUGUAUUAAUGCUUCUUGACUUUGGGGUCUCAUUACAUGUACCAUCUGCUAAAUAAAAAUUAACUGAAAACAUUUAGUGAAAGAAAAAUUUGAUUUUAAAACAUCAUAGGGUAAAGGCAUAGUUCAUCUGUCCCUCAGUACCACUCUGUGUAGGUUUAUACAGGGAAUAAAGGCGAAUAUUUGUGCAUAAUGAAAACUAAUUUAUUAUCCAGCACCAUGAAUAGGCUAAAACACUAAAAUCAUGAUAGUGUGGUGCACUCUUACUCCUGUUUAGUGUUAUAAUAUGGCAGAAUGGCUGUCAGCAUUGUGUCAUAGUAUAAAUAUUUUAUAUUAUUUUGUUCACCAUAGUGACUUACAAAGACUAGAAAAAGAUAAACAGAGAGGGAGAAAUGCAGAGUGUGGUACUUCUGGUUAUAAUAAAAUAUAACAGAUGGUAUAGGCAUUAAAAUAAAUUCUGUGCUGCAUCCAAUUAUAUACCCAGACUAACACAGUGUAGACAGUGCACAUAACCCAAGAAGAUGCAGACUCAUUUGUAAAAACACAGACUAUUGUUAAAAUGAAGGUAAAAUCCUGGUAUAAUCUCUCACUAGUCUAACAGAAAGGUCACUGAAAGAUUAUGUAGGUGCCUUGAUAAGCUGUCAUUGUAUACAGAGUUAAUAUUACAUCUUUGUAAAUGAAAAAUUAAUAAUAUUAAGGACAGUAGUUCAUAGAGAAUAAUACUUGGCAUAUUUGUUAUGUGAGAAGUGGCUUUGAAAUUGUUGACAUUGUAGCAAGAAUGUCACAAAAAAUAAAUUCAAAUGUUUUAAAAUUAAUUUUCUAC